GGCAGAUGCAAAUGGAGUAGUAGCAGCUGGUGCUGGUGCAAAUAACAAUGGAUAUGGUUGCUCUGGCGUUGGUGGUGGUGGUAGUGGUCGUGGCGGCGUCACAGAUGCUGAUAAUGCAAGGAGAACGGCUGGGAGUGUUCUCCCUGGUGUUGCUCCACCUCAAAAAUUUGCGUCCUCGGGAACUUCCUCUGGGUCAACAUUAUCUAGAUCAAGGUUCAUAAGUCCCAGUACAUCUGCAGCGCCAGGACGUAGUCGUGGGGGUGGUGGUGGUCACGCAACUACAUCGACAUCUAGCAGCAGUAAACUGACCUCGCCUGCACCUGCGUCUUUGGGUUCAACAGCUGCUACUGGAGAUACAUCAACCUCCUGCCCCUCACCUCCACAGCCUCCACUUGUAAGGAUAGAUUUGCUGUCAGCACCAGAGAGCAAUGGAGGUGGUGGUGGAGGAGCUGCAGGAGGUGAGAGGACUGAAGCUGAAGGGGUUAAUGGGGUGAUUGGGAGUGCACCGAUGGUAGUAGAUAGUACAGGGACACCUUCAGGAGGAAAACCAGUUCCAACUGCACCUUCAGGAGACCAACGUAAUGUCGCUACUACAACAGCACCUCCCCCGGAUAGUGAAAGUCGUGGCCCCUUUCGUGUAGGCGCUGCUUGGCUAUUCGCACCAAUAGCAUCCAUCAUCGGCGGACGUGGAAGCGAACCAACUGCCCAAAUACAUCUGAAUGGGGGCGAAGAGGAUGAUCUAGGAGGUGUAGGUGGGACAGUUUUAGCAAUAGCGACUGGACGAGCUAGUCGUGGCGUAAGUGGUGAAGCUGCUGGCGAAGAUCAAGAAAGUGAAAGAGGUAGUUGUCCUGAUAUUAAAAAGUCUGGUCGUGAGCAGCGGUUCAUCCUGCAGGAAGACCCAAACACCGAUGCGGAUGCUCCCGAUCAAGCACAUGAUAGUAAAAAGUACCAGGGACUCCAACUAAUACCUCCGGGUACGACUGGCAGCACGAGUACGCAAGACUUAGAACUGUCAAAAGCCAGCACGAGUGCUGCUGGUACCACCAUGCUCAGUAGCCUGGCGCAUUCAGAGCGAGAGCCUGGCUGUACUACACGGGGGCAAGAAGAUCUAAACGUGAGCGGAAUGCAGGUCGAGGAUUUCGGUACUUCAACACAAGAUCUUGGGAGUAGUCCACUCGUUCUUGCGGCCUCCAGUAAUGAGUUGUCCUGGCGCGAAGCUGCCUUAGCGUCGUUCGGACAGCUAACCGGUCUGAGGUCUACCGCAAACGCUCCAAAUAGACCAGGACCAGGCUUCCAAAGGGGAACCUCUACAGCAUCAGAUACGGAGAUGACUGCAUCAGACAAGGUUGCGCCUCGACCUGGUGAGCCGGCACGGCAUCUACUGAUGUCGCCGCGGCACGAAAGUGCAAGAACACAAACGGAGUUGCUGUACGGUCCUGCACCAGGGACCUCAACUAGCGAGCUGUCGGGAUAUCCGAAUAAGAGCGACAGAAGUCUUCACGACCCUAAUGGCCUAAAUAAAUGCGGCACCAGCGCGAAGAAUAGCAAAGAACGAAAGUUAAGUAGUAGACUUGUCAUAAAGUAUAAAGAUGAAAUCCAUUUUCAGGAGCAUGAUCUUGUUGAAGGCUUGCUUUUCUCAUUCUCUGUUGACGGAAAAGUACCUACUUACAAAGGACCACCACGAUCGAUGCUCCCAACCACCAGGAGCGAUGCCUCCAUCUCCUUCUCAAGGUCUAAUCAAGAGCAGUGGACUUCUCGACAUCGAGCAAGAUUUCUCGGAUCUAGAAGACAACGUCGAGGAUGGUCGUUUGCCUCGUCGAGGCGUCAGAGCACCAGAUGUCUCAUUAGACUCACAACUAGGGAAAAUCGAUGUUGUUGGCUUCUUCCCAAAUAUAGCAGAUGAUGCUGGAGGCCACGCUGUGCCAGGGCAAGAGCAGCAGUCUUUUCGAAAGAACGGGGUUGCCGCGGCACACGACAAGGCCACUGCAUAUAGUAGAGAGGCGAUGUCAUCAACAUCAACUCCCACAACCAGUAAAAGCAACACGACCCCGUCGUUCUUAAAAAAGAACGAUCAAGUUCAAGGACCUGAGCCACAACAAAAGCCUCGUGUUGGUGAGCCAGAAGCUGAGGAUGCACAACAUGCCCAACCUCAUGCUCAUAGUACUAAAACAGCGACCACAAGUGAUGUAGCUGCGCAUCCAUCAAGCUGUGAGCACGCGGACGUUGUUGUUGUAGAACGGGGACAAGGACCGGAGCAGUCUAGUAAGGCUUCCUCCAUUAAGACUAGUAACAAGAAGGCCUCUUCUAUGUCUGGAGAAGCAGCAGGAGAAGUUCACCUAUGCGAGCAAAUGCAGGGUCUCCGACUGCUUGACCCGCCUGCGGCGAGCGCCAAGAACAACAAGGAAGCAAAUCAGAAUAUGACCCCAACCUCAAAUCGAAGUACUAGAGCGAAAUCAAAAGGAACCCUCACAGUUAACGGCCAGGCGGUGGUGGCUAUUACCGGGUGUAAUACAUCAGGUACAGGUCGUGAGGAAGGUGCGAGUACGGGAACAGGAGACCUUCGUAGUUGUAUUAUGGAUGGGGAACAACACCAAAAUUGUUCUGAAGCCCAUGCAGCGGAUCCAUGUGCUUCUGACGGAGCAGGAGAUGCACAGGCGCAACAACAACAUCAUCAUGGAUCUUCAAUGACCGAUAGGACGAGUGGUUGUGAUUCAACUACACAACAUCAAGCUCAAGGUCCAAACGUUUACGUUGACCCACAACAGGCGGACCUAGAUCUUCCUAGUCAAACAAGGCCUGAGGUCCCGACUCGAACCCUUGGUAUACGCAAUAGCUUUUGGCGCCAAUUGUGCAGAUGUUCACGGGAGCCAGACUUUACGGAUGCCCUCGAUCGCGUAUUUUCUAACUUUUUUUUCGUGAAGAUUGAUUCAUCUGACUUCUUAGCACGAUAAUAUAUUUAUAUUUAUCUGUACGUACCUCCAGCUUAAAGACACACGUUAAUAUUUUUAGUACAACAUUGUCGUGCACCAGGAGCUGUAACAGGUGUGAUCGUCCAAUUUCGCACACUCCGAUACUACCACCCACAGGCUCAUAAUCUGCGGACAGCGUCGCGCGAGCAGACGAUAGAUGAUAGUUCUGGCGCUAGCAGUGCGCAUCAACUCCAACUGAUGGAGCAACUCCUAGUUGAGCAAGGUGAAGGUUAUCAAAGUAGCUACUUCGAGAUGCCGACAGACCCUCUUGGCUAUCUCCAUCCUCGUUACCACGUAUCGGAAUUGAGCACCCUCGAGGAAACGCGGCCUCCGCGGAUAGCCAGUGAGGCCUCGACAAGCUUACACGCGAGCUCGUCCAGCGUUAUUUCAAUUUCGGUUCUCAAAAUAAUAUAUGAUCUUCUCUGUGUUUAUUGUCUUUAUGUUUAUUUGCAUUUAUAGUGGUCGUAGGACAGUGAUAGACCUAGAUGACGACGCCAUCCGGAUGGUCGCCCCUCCUUGGUGGUGGGGGGACGUUCUGUAGUUAGUUUGAUUCUCACUUAGCAGUUAUUGAGUGUCAGCAGUGGUAUCUUUGAAGUUAUUUAAACGCAAUAUUAUCUGACCACAACCACAACCAGGGCCGUCUCUCCGUUGUGGCAGGGACAGCUCCGCAGCACCAUGGGCUUGUGAGGCUACCGGGAAACCGACAACAACGACAAAACGCGCCCAAUCAAACUCCUGCUGACCGUGCCUUGGAUUCCAAUCAUACAUACAUAAUCGAACGUUUGGAGUUACGAUCAAAUAUUUUUGUUCUUGUGAUGUUCGAUAGUUGAAGUUGGCGUAGGCGUGCCUCUCCUGUACUCGUGGUCGUUUCUAUGAUGGUUAACGUUAAGAAAGUAGAUGUUAUAGUACCCAUUUCAGAGUAGUUUAUAGCACGCAUGGUGCAUGGAGUAGCAUGGAGUGCAUGGAGCGCAGAGCUUUAAGGGGCGCAAGAAGCUCCCCCUUUAGCUCCAUGCUACUCCAUGUGAUCCAUGCACUCCAUGCCAUGCGAGCUGUGAAACCUUAUAGAUUGCUCUGCCAUUUAAAUAGUGCAAAAGCAAACAUGGGAAGAUCUCGCAUGGAUACCAUGCGAUUGGGUUCGUACUGAUCAAGAUGUGAGACAGCACAUUAGGUUUAGGGAUUUCCUGUUCAUCUCUUCUAACUUUGGAGUUGAAGAAACGAAAUCGGGAUGAGAUAGAUUUUUUCAACCCAAAUCUGAACCCUUGCGUGUAUGACGAGGCAAGCCGUUGCCUCCGUCCACUGCUUCCAGACCGGACACCACGCC